AUAUCCUCAGCGUUCUCCAACGGAUUUAUUUUCCUCAGCCUAUUUAAUCCCUCAUUCUCCUUCAUUUCUAAUACAUCUCUUGCACUCCAAAAAUAUUUCUUGAGCUAUACUCAUCCCUUGCUUCAUCUUCCUCAUCAAAAUAUUAUUUUUUGAGAGUUAGAAAUAUUUUUCUUUGAGUGCUUAAAGAAGUUGUCAUCCAUAGAGCUUUAAUUCUUCAACACUACUUUGCUCAAUUUUAGAAUGAGUCAAGCAGCAGGCAACGAUGGACAGGCUGUCCCACAUGAGGGGCCUGAGCACGUGAGCGUGCACACAGAAGCAUCGAGCUUCACACCCCAGCAGGUCCUAGAGCAGCAGUUGGCUGGCGCAUAUGUUCCACCUCCGCCACCACCGCCACCACCGGUGGCUGUGGUCACCAUCGAGAAGCUCCGGAAGAACGGAGCUGAGGAAUUCUUAGGCGACCAGAUCGCCGACCCCAUGAUCGCUAAACGAUGGUUUGAGCGAAUCGUACGAGUUUUGGGAAACCUUAGGGUUCCACAAGAUCAGCGCGGCGACCUCGCAGUCGCAUUACUUCAGGAUUCCGCCUACGACUGGUGGAAACGCGUGGGAGCAGACGUCCCUGAGCCCGUGCAGUGGCCCACAUUCGAUCGACUCUUCCAUGAAGAGUACAUUCCAGAGCACUUCGUCGAGGCGAAGCGAGAGGAGUUCUUGAAAUUCACCCAGGGCGAACUCACACUACCUGAGUAUCGUCAAAAGUUUGACGAGCUCGCAGGAUUUGGGCAAGACCUCGUCCCAACCAUGGAGAAGCGGUGCAAGCGCUUCGUGGAGGGUCUACGCCCCGACUUAUCAGCGCAUCUGAUCACUGCUCCUCGGGUUGACAUCAAUGCACUGUUCAAGCAUGCGUUGGACAUGAAUGCAGCCCUCAUCAAGAAGGCCGAGUACGAGCAGGCCCAGACGACGCAUCCUCGUCCACCUCCUCCUAGCUCAAGCAGCAAGGGGUAUCCCUCCGUGCCAAGCAGCCCGCACACAAGCAAGAAUACCAAGUCAACACAUGCCCCGUCACCAGUGCCUACACAGGAAAGCGGGAAGAACCCGAGUAAGAGUAGAUAUCGGUACUCAAUCAGCACCCUAUGCGGUCGAAGGCACCCCAGAGAGUGUUGGUUUACUCAGGGCUUAUGCCUAGGGUGUGGUCAGGCCGGGCAUUUCCGUAGGGACUGCCCGACAAACCCUGGCGAGGCGUUUACGACAGAAACCGAAGCUCUAGCCCCAGCCGCCCAGCCCGCUCGGAGCCAAAGAUCGAUAGCAGCGUCCAGCCAGCCCAAUAGGCCGACGCUGAGUCUGGAGAGGCUUCAGCUCGCACAAACGCAAAGCGCGGACGCAUUGAGUAGUUCGCACAUGACGUAAUCAUGGUGAUCAAUGACUAGGUAAAUUUUGAGGACGAAAUUUUUCUUAAGGGGUGCAUAAUUGUAACGCCCUACAACCGGUCUAUUAGAACUGAUUGUUUUAAAUAAUUAAUUACUGUUCCGGUC